AUGCAAAUAACGUCCGGCAUCAUCGCCGAGAAGACGGCGAUGUCGUCGUGCGUCGACCUUGGCGAUAGCAUCGUUCCAGCCGACGUCUGCUAUUCAUAUGAUACUGCGACGCCGUCGUCGAACAGCACUCCUCCCUCAACGAUGGAGGUCUCCACGGUAGAUGUGCAUUCCAUAGCUUACGAAGAGACUGUACCCUUUCAUCUCGAUGGUUGUCAUUCAAACGCUGCUACAUUUCCAGAAGCAGCAGCGACCUAA